AGUACCACAAAUGAAUUGUAAAAAUACAAGCGCAUUAGCGUAAUGCUGAGAACAAUUUAUUGAGAAUAUAAGUAUACGUAUAACUAAGAUAUCCCUGUCUGUUCAUGAAAUUGUCGAAUCGACUGCAUUCUUAUAGAAAUGGAACCUAAAGCCAUAGAAUCAGAAUCUUUUACUUUAAUUCCCAAUCACCUAUUGAGGUUUAAAGCCGAUGAUCAUGUAAAAGCUUACUACAGGUAAGAUUUUUUGUAUAAUCGUAUUUUACUUUUACUAAUUACCACUAGCGUUGUUGCGAACUUGCUGGUUAGUUUUACUUUUGAAUUUUAUUAUUUAAAUAGACUAAAUAAUAAAAUAGUUUAAGUUAAAUAUUAAAUAAAGGAUAAACUAAAUUGAAUCAAUAAUACAAUAUUUCAAUAUAUUAUAUAUUAUUACUGUACGAGUACGACUGUACGAUAAAAAGAUACAAAUUUAUUAGUAUUAUUUAGUAUUUAGUUUAUUCAUAAAAAUAUAUGAAGUACUUAAGUUAAGUGUCUAAGUUGCUUAGACUUUUAGAGGGAAAGUUCAAAAUCAAAAGAUUGUGUAAAAUAAAAAUAAAAUAUUAUUGUAUAGAAGUUGAAGCAUUAAACUAAAACCUCAAUGCCAAUACACAAGAAAGGUUCUAAACUCUUCAAUUUCAGUGCACAAACUACAUUGGAAUUCCUCUAUUAAAUGUUACAUACAAAAUAUUGAGAAAACUAAUUUCCAAAAUCUACAACCGUAUGCUGGACAAAAACUAGGUGACUGCCAAAAUGAAUACAGACAAAACAGAUCAACAACUGAUCAGAUUUCACCAUCAGAUGCCUAUAUGAGAAAUUUUACGAAUGUAAUAUCCGAGGCCAGAACCUCAACUCUAUGUGGGCUGUACAAUGGCCUAUGACAGUUUAAAAAAAUAUCUUUAUGAGACUAUGCAGGAGUUUGGUAUACCCAACAAACUGACAAGUCUGAUACAUGUAACAUUAAACAACUCAAAAAUUAAAAUCAAGGUUCAGGGAGAAUAUUCAAGGGAACUUCAGAUUAGACAAGGCCUAAGACAAGGAGACUCUCUGUCUGUUAUGCUAUUUAACCUAACAUUACAGAUAAUUAUAAUAAACAUUAAACAUACAUGCUGACACCCAAGGAACAAUAGCAGGAUACUUUCUGAGUGAGACCCAAGAUCCACAACCAGUAGGCACUCUCAACAACCAACCCCUUCGGUAUCUUGCAUAUGCUGGUGACAUAGCACUGUUAGGGAAAAGUAGUAAAGACAUAUCAAAAGCCUUUAUUGAAUUAGAAGGUGCAUUGCUACAAGCAGGGCUGGAAGUUAACAAAACAUGACUAUGAUAAGAGAAGAACAGACAGAUGAAACCAUUAAAAUUAGAACCCACACUUUUGAAAAAGUAAAUCAAUUCAAAUAUAGGGGUGUGCCGGAAUCCGGUUCCGCCGGAUUUUGCACUAUCCGGUGAAAUCCGGUUCCGCCGGAUUUACAUGUAUCCGGAACAACCGGAUUCCGGAAUCCAGAAUAUACCGGAUUUCGGAAUUUGCCAGAUUUUGUGACUCACCGGAUCAUAAUCUGAAAUAAAAGUAAUUCUCUUUCCCGAAUUCCACACGAUCACGAUACAUUAAUCAAUUGUUUCGAGCGUUGAGCUUGUUUAAUGUUUAAUAUUCCGUACAUACCAGAGGCUAGAGUCAGCACCGCUAAUAGUGGCCAAUAGUGUAGGGACUUUGAUAAGAAAAUUUAAACUUUUUGUAAAAAUAAACCAAUGGCAUAGUUGAAAAGAUGUAAUUUUUUAAAGAAUUAUAACACCAAAAUCAUAUUUUUAGCUGUUGUAGUUUUAAAGUUAUGAAUUUUUAAAGUACGACUUGGUUUGUCAUUUUUUAACAUGGACUGCAUCUCCACAUUCUGUGAUCUCAUUCCGCCAAUCCCGUCAUGCGCAAUGACUAUAUAGUUUAUAUAAGGCAACGCAUUCCCUGCCUUAUCACUAAAAUACUGUUUAGACUUAGUUUAAACUUUCAACUUUGGCACAUGAAUAAUUAAUUAAAGCUUUCCCUGACCAAUGGUUUAAUAGUUUUUGCACACGGCAAACUCUUAUGAAUGAAACUCUGAGGUAGUACUACGAUACAGUUAUGCAAGUGGCUGUGAAUGGUUGCCAAUGACAACGUGUUGCACACGGUAAAUUCUGAUCAUUUAUAAUAUGGAUUCUACCGGGUUGUUAAAGCUCAAAUUAAAACAUUCCAGUUUAAAUGUCUUUAAAUGCAUUCUGAAACACAAGUUAUCAAUUAUUUUGAUGUAAAUAGUGAUAAUAAAUUAAUAUUUCCUAAGUAUCGUCAACUUCCGCCAUUAAAAAGGGGGGCGUGGCCAACCCCAUGGCGAAAUUAGGUUGAGCGAGCUGCAUAACCUGCUGCGAACGCGUAGAAACAUGGCGUCUCUCGUAAGACACUUAUCCAAAUGGAACGGAACUCAAAUAUAUAUCGAAAGUACUAAUUUAAUAAUAAAUAGACACACACAUCGGAAAAUUAAAAACUCGGAUUUUUUGGCGCCGAUUGCGAAUUCCCAUACACAAAAAGUAGUAGUCCACCUUGACUUACCGAAGUAUCUACCAAUAGUACCAAAAUCCGGGAGAAACCGGAAUCCGGAUUAUUCCGGAAUCCGGAUUAUUCCGGAAUCCGAAUCCGGAUCCGGCGGAUAUCGCAUAAGAAAAUCCGGAUCCGGUUGGAAAAAACGGAUCCGGCACACCCCUAUUCAAAUAGCUAGGAUUUUUAGCCUUAACCUUGUUAUUUUUAUAAUAUCAACUUUUGACAAAAGAACAAAUUCUAUUUGCAGGCUUUUUCUGGAAAUCAAUCAUUCGAAAGACAAAAGUAGUGAGUAUAAUGUAGUCACAAGAUAAAUACUAAUAGUAUUGCAUUAUCUAACAACUCAUACAAUAAUUAAUUGAUAUAAAAUAUACUUUUCACCCGCUGAGCAGGAAUUAAGCUAGUACAUAAACCUGAACCAAAAGCAGCCUUCUACUUAUAUUUAUUUCUUUAGACAGCAAUGAGAACUCAGAAUGAGAUAUUUUAAUUUUGAGAAGAACAUAACUAACUUUAGUUUACCAGUUUGCAUUACAAUAAAAGAAUAAAGAUGUGUUCAAACUGGUGCACUAAUGUCUAUUUUUUUACAAUGGAAAAAUAAGUGUCUUAUAAAAAAUUACCCAUGGGAGCAAAGAGAAAAUACUAUUUUAGGAUCAAGGGAGAAGAUUAAUAGUAUAGAGAGAGUAUACAUAUAAAAUAUAAUCAGCACAUAACCAUUGUUCUUUACUUUUUAAUUUAAAAAAAAAGUUUAAUUACAUAUUUUUGUAUGAAUGACCCUAGCUCUAGGUGAAAUAGGCUCAUCAGCCAAAUAAGGUAGGUAUUCUUAAGGAGGGGAUAAACUCAGUGUAAAGAAUCAAAACAGUCAAAUUGUUAAAUUCAGACAACAGCUGCCAACUUUGCAUGGGAUUAAAAACGCACUUGUCUUCUUGAAAAUAGUGUUAGUCUCAUAAGUAAAACUACCCUACUCAAUCCAGAAUGUAAAGAGUCAAAAAAUAUUUUUUCUGCACAGCGCAAGAUAUUUCUAGAUUGUUGUUUGACAUGUUUUAUUUAAUUAUUCCCAGAGCAGUCAAAGAUUAGUCGUUGUCAGAGCUGUUUUGCGGCUUUGAGCAUAAAUGAUCAACCAAGAAUUAAGUCUGGUCAGAAGAUGACAAAGCACAUCAGCGGUCUGUUAAAGAAAUCAGAAUUUUCCAUGAAGAAAAAAGAUCGACAUUUGAUUAAAAAAUAUUUAAGGAGUUCAAGCCAGAUGGUAAUGUUCAAGUUGUAUGAGUAAUAAUAGCAUAAUAGUAAUCUCUAACUACAAUAUUGUACUUGUACAAACUAUUGUACUUGUACAAACUAUUGUACUUGUACAAUAGUUUGCACCCAUAUAAACUCUUCUAGCCAGGCACCAAGCGUUUGCGCCCAUAUGAACUUUCCAAGCCAGGCAUCAAAAUGCUUAUGCUACAUGAACUUCUUAAUGAGGUCCCAACUCUGGGCACAUAGUCCCCCAUUUUUUGGUUGACAUCUGCAUCAGUGUACUGCAAGCCUGGACACAAUGGCUCCUUCAAACUGUACAUAAUUUGUACCUCUUAGGAAGUAGCCCUUAACAACAGACUCAAAUCCACAUUUAGCAGCUGCAAUCAUAGCAGAUAACUUAAUCUAGAGAGUUUAUCACUUUUGAAUAAUAUUUAACAAAUAAUAAACCUUCCUAAGCUGGCAGCAAUAAAAGGAUUACAGUAUGUUUAGCGAUUUCUGCAUUGAAUUAAAAGCACUAAAUUUUUGUUUCUUAUGAAUGCAUUGCUUCCAUAUCCAUAGCUUAUAGUUAUAAAUCCUUGCAUUCAAAAGAGCUUGUCACAUCUAUAAAUACACCAAGUUUAAAAAAUGUAAAAAAUAUUUUAAUUGCUUUUUUUAUAUAUUUAAUUAAAAUUUGUUAUUACCAAAUUAUUAUUUCUCUCUAAUGAAAUUUUGUCUAGAUCUUAAAGAAAUUGUGUUACAUACAAAUUAAUUUUACAUCUUUUUCAUAAGAUUGUGAAGUGCCGGUCAUGUGACGGAACAACCAGAAUUCCUAUUAUGACCAAUGAGUCAAAGAGAGACUACAAGGAAAAGCUCCUCAUGUGUAAGAUUAUUUUUUCACUGUGAUAAAUAAUUUCAUAUUUUUCAUUGGGCUGGCAGCAUUACGAAAGUUAUCUGCUUUUUUCUGUCAUUAAAUAAAUUUACAUAUAUUUAUCAUAUCACAUCAAAUUAUUUAGAAACAGAGUUAUUAUCAAUCAGAUUUUUCCCCAGCUAAAUAUGUGGUUAAAAAUGCACCUGUGAUGGAUAUUAAAAAGAAGAAAAAGAAGAAAAGAGGAAAGAAGCAGAAAUUAAAAGAUGUGGAUAUUAAUUGGUAAGAAAAUUAAUAUUAUACAUGAGGUACAUGGGUGAAAAAAUUCUUAAAAACCUUUUAAGGCUUUAAAAGUUGAUAACAUAAACAGAUUGUAACAAAAAUUAAUUUAAAUUUUUUUUUUUUUUUGUGUCUUUUUAAAUUCAUUUAAAUGAAAGGUGGGAAAUUAUGGCUUCUUUUUUGUAAAACGCACACUAUUUAAACAGAAUGGAUCCAUUUUUUAAAUUUAUUUAUUAGCUUCAGUUUUUGACAUUUUCACCAAAUAUUUUUUUUCUUUACUGGGUGAACCCAGAAGCUAUCUAAAAUGUAAUAUAUGAAAGCCCCCAUUAAACUAAUCCGUGAACGGAACCUUUGAGUGAUAUCAGCAUUAGAAUGUUAUUUUAUAAAGUAGUAAAAUAUAUUUUAUAUAUAUAUAUAUAUAUAUAUUUAUAUAUAUAUAUAUAUUAUAUACAUAUAUACAAACACGUCACCCCUAUGAAGUUCAUAUAAAGUAUGUACAAAAACUGUAGUUGAGAUAUCAGUAUUAGAAUGUUAUUUUAUAAAGUAGUAAAAUAUAUUUUAUAUAUAUAUAUAUAUAUAUAUUUAUAUAUAUAUAUAUAUUAUACACAUAUAUACCAACACGUCACCCCUAUGAAGUUCAUAGAAAGUUUGUACAAAGGCUGUAGUUGAUUUGGUCUGCGGAUAAAGGUUAAAUAGAAUAACAUUCAUGGACUUAAAUAUACAUUUUUCCUAUUCCUCGUUCAAAAUAACAGAAUUUUACAGCCAUUGAGAGAUUCAUCAGUAUGCUUUUAACCAAAAGUAUGUUAAUAAUCUUUAUACAGUAUGUUUUAGCUACAGCCUUUUGUCAAUUGACAAGAAUCCUUUUAAUGGAGUCAGCUCCUUGAAGCAGGGAUUUAGUUUUGCUUCACAAAAUAAUUUCUUCCUUUGUUUUAUUCACAGUGGUCUUCGCCUUCCAUCACAACAGGAAGCAAAAAAUAUAACUUCAACCACCUCAGUACCGAUAUCACCAGCACAAUACACCUCUGACAUAAAUUCCUUUUCAAACACCAUUGACUCUAAGGGCAGUCAAGGUAUUGACUCUAAGGGUAGUCAAGGUAUUGACUCUAAGGGCAGUCAAGGUAAACUCAAUGCCAGUUCAAAGCAACAGCAGAAAGUUUUGGACCCAAAAACUAAGAAAAGGGAACUCAGCUUCCAAUCUUCAGUGAACGCUAUGAAAAAGAAGCAGAGACACACACAGCUGAAGCAAUUUCUUCUGCAAGAGACUCAAGAAAAACCAAGAGCUUCACUGUCAGAUUUUUUGUCAUCGUUAUGAAAGUAAUCCAGUGACUGUAAUUGUAGGAAUCAAAUGUAAAACAAAAUGAGAGUUGAGGGUUCCGUGCAUUUACAGCUAACAAUAGAUUUUCAAAGAACAAGCUGAAAAGUAUAAGUUUGAAGAAAAAAAAGUAAAUUUUUUUCAUUCAUAAUUCAUCAAUUGGUGAAAUCCAAUAUUUAUUUUGAAAUUUAAAUCAAGGAUGUCAUUUCUCUUAUGUGUUGGAGGGGGUGAUCCAAAACUUGGCCAGUAUUUUAUUUCAUCUGCUUACGCAAGCCAGUCCUGCAAGAUGAGUGCAUAUAAUAUAUUGUCAGAAACAAUUGGUCACUGAAUGGGAUAAAAAUAUUUUGAAAUGAGGUUUUGAUGUAUUUAUUUAUUUAUAGUUGCUGCAGUGCAACUAGCAAGAGGCGGGGAAAAUCUAUGCAAACUCUAGUUUUGUCAAUAAAGCAUAUAUUAGAACAAUUUGCUAACACGAAG